AUGGUUGUACACAUCCUAGGGAAAGGUUUCAAAGGCAAAGAAGUGAUCAAGAUCGCUUUGGCUUCAAAGUUCUACGGUAUCGGCCUAAAAACAUCGGAAACAGUAUGUUCGAAGCUUGGUUUUUACCCUUGGAUGCGUAUGCAUCAGCUUUCGGAACCGCAGAUUAUGAGCAUAACGAGCGAACUUUCGAACCUAACCAUCGAAGGUAACGCUCGGGCUGUGGUGAAGGAAAACAUUGCACUCAAAAGACGCAUUGGAUCAUAUGAAGGUAUGCGGCAUGCUUUGAAUCUUCCGGUUCGUGGUCAACGUACUAGAAACAAUGCCAAGACGGCCAGACGACUCAACCGGAUCGACAGACGUGGAUUCCAUACCGAAAGUGGCAUGGGCAAACAAAAUGACAGCCGUAAUUGGUUUCUCCGUCUGUUUUCACCCAGUGUUUGA